AUGAAGGCUAUUUCCGUCAUCUCUUCCCUCCUCCUUGCCUCCAUGGUGGCUGCUAAACCUAAGCCACCAACCUGCGGAACUUGCAAUCCCCUUUCUGGUGAGAACUACUGUGAUAUCACCACCUCCUGUAUCAACACUGGUACCCGUUUCCACUGUGCCUGUCGUGCUGGAUAUAAGGCCUGUGCAGACAACAACGACAUCACCCAGCAGUUCCGUCUCGACACGCCCAACUUCCAGUUCCUUGUAUUCACUCCCGAGUACACGGAGUGCAACACCCUCUGCGAUGACCCAUACGGUGCUGGUCCAGACCUCUGCGCUGAGGUUCCUAUCUACCAGGGCUGUGCUGUUUAA